AUGGUCACCACGACUGCUACUCAGACCACCGCCCAGACGGUGGGGACCGUUCGAAUUACUGCUGAGAACAUGCAGCGACUCUUCCCCGAGAUCAAUACCUCUCUACGCGAAUCUGUAGCUAGGAGCUCAGAGCUUGAAGGGUAUGAUGCUGAGCAGGUCCGUCUUAUGGACGAAGUUUGCAUUGUUCUAGACGAGGAUGACAAGCCAAUUGGGAGUGCAUCCAAAAAGACCUGUCACCUGAUGGCCAAUAUCGACAAAGGCCUACUUCACAGAGCUUUCUCGGUCUUUCUGUUUGACCCUGAAGGCCGAUUGCUUCUCCAGCAGCGGGCCGACGAGAAGAUCACAUUCCCAGGCUUGUGGACGAACACUUGCUGCUCCCACCCUCUGGGCAUCCCCGGCGAGACGGGUGAUACCCUCGAGGCUGCAAUUGUCGGCGUUCGUCGAGCCGCACAACGUAAACUGGACCAAGAACUCGGAAUUCCAGCGAAGCAGGUUCCAUUGGACGACUUUGAGUUCCUUACGCGAAUUCAUUAUAAAGCACCCAGCAAUGGUAUCUGGGGAGAACAUGAAAUUGACUACAUUCUUUUCAUCCAAACCACGGUCGACGUCGCCCCAAAUCCAAAUGAGGUUAAAGACACCAAGUACGUCACAGCAGAUGAACUCAAGGAGAUGUUCCAAGACCCAGCGCUCAGCUUCACGCCAUGGUUCAAGUUGAUCUGCGAAACCAUGCUCUUCGAGUGGUGGGGGAGCCUCAAAGAUUUGUCCAAGUAUGCCAAUGAGCAAGACAUCCGUCGAAUGUAG